AAACCGUGUACCCGGAUCAACCAAACGAUGAGGUGACCCUUCCCGCACAGGACAUGGGCGGUGAGCGCAGCAAGUGUGGUGCAGGAUCUGCACCGGGCGGGCGUCGUAUGGGGCAGCGUCAGACCGGAUACGUUUAUCGUCAAGUCGGGAGACACGCCUUUCCCGGUCUUGCUCGCCACAGACUUCAGUCGCGCUGCAAUCUCCCCCAACGCUAAGGGACAAGAAAAACAAGGGGUGGAACUGGUUCCCUUGUUCUCCCGCGGUGAGAUAAGGGGAGAACUCCCUCACGUCGAUCACCUCAGAUACAUGGCCCCAGAAGUCUCGCGAGCGAUGCUCAACGGCGAGAGCUACAUAACCGCUGACGAAGCGCAAGAUAUCUGGUCUCUGGGGAUGCUCAUUUAUGGCAUGGAAGCCGGACACGAGUACCCGUUUAGGGGCCUGUCGGCGGCAGAGGUCGCGUGGGAACUUUCAGAGCUUUCCAAGGGGAACGAGAAAGUCGAGUUGGCGCACGUCGGCCAGGCUGGCCAAAACCCUGUUCGCCGCAUCCUCGACACGAUGCUUAUACCAGCGAAUCCGAGGGCAAGAGGGUCCAUGCUGGCCUUGGCACAACGCUCUUACAUCACCGCUAACGACACGGUUAUGCUUCGAAGUCAAGACCUGGACUUUCAGCCCGUCAUCGAGCACGUCAAGGAAGUGAAGCGGGAGAUAGAGGGCCUCAGGCAGCAGUUUUCGCUGGCGUUCGAUGCUCUCAGGGACGACUUCCUGGUGGCGAACGCAGCGUCGGUGCACGCGCUACAGGGCGAGAUGGGUCAUGUUGUUGGCCGCAUUGACGGCAUGGCCGCGACGAUCGCCAGUGAUCGCGAGCUGGAGACAGGCAGGAUAAACGGUGUUCGAGAGGAAAUGCAGCUCCUGGUAGGAGCUGUGCAAGAACUCUCCGAGAACUCCCAAGCAUCGGCGAGCCCUCUUCGCGAGAUGGUGGAUAAACUAGAACGCUACAAUGACGAGCUAGCCCAGCUCAACAGGGGCGAUGAAGGUGCUUCCGCCGCAAACCUCAGAGAAAUGUCGACCGCGAUACAGGGCAUGCAGCGCGCCAUGUCACAGCGCUUCGCCAGCAUCGAGAGCACCCUUAAUGAGCACGACAAAAAGCUGAGCGCGAUAAUGUGGGGAGUCAGCAGGACCGCCAACGUCGUGGACCAGCUCAUUACAGGGAACGCACGCUGCCCCAAGCUCCUCCUGAUGGUUCCAGAGGUCAAUCAAAGGUGGAAGCGUGGCCUGAUGCCUUCAAAACCUAGCUGGUGCCGGAGUGAGCGCACGAACAUGCUGUUCUUGUGCGCGUACAACCUUCAUCCAGCUCACUGCGGCCCCAAAGGCAAGGGUUUUACUGUCAAAAGGCCAAGCCGUCAGAUGCAACGAUGGGCGCCCGCUCUGAAGGCGUCUAUCAUGGUGCUCAAGUUGGCCGCUGCGGUGGCACGUGUUGUGACCGGCCUCCCCAUUCCGAUUGGGGCCAACGAAAUGACUGAGGUCGUGGCCUUUUCCGUGUUGGCAGACCUAGAAGCAGAGUAUGCUAGAGCUGCCGGAGAGAGUUCACUCGGUGGCGAAGUAGGCGGGAACAUUGAAGAGCUGUUCACUGCACUGCAAGAGGAGGAGGAUCAGCCAACCAGCCGCCAGGUACAGGGCGCACGACACCGGGCAUCGAGGACACCACAACAGCUCCAGGCACAGGCAAGCACGGAGUACGUGGUGCGUGCUACGGGGGACGCGUACCAGAAGGUCGUCGCCUUCCUCGACGAACACUAUUCCGGAAGGUCGGGGGGGAGGGAUUGGCGCCAAAUGCUCGGCCUGCAGCCGGUCGCUCAUCCGCUUACGGGAAACGUGGCCUGGGUCUGCGAUCGGCACCGCCAUGCCUACUUGACGCGCGCCGCAUCGUCGUCUGCAACCCAAGCCACCCCCGUGUGACCUUAACAUCUUGUUAACGGUGUUGGUUAAGAGAGCAGCACGAGUGCGGUCCAAUACGAUGGUCUUGGGAUCGGGGGCAACAGGAUAGGACACGUCUAUUGAAAAGAUUGAUUACGGCUCACUAUAACGAAGACACAGCCAUUAUUGGUGUUUUUGGUUGGUAAUUUUUAAUCACUGUUUCUUGCUGCGAUUCUCUAGUGGAGGAAGAAAAGGCUGGCGGCGUUGAGGAUCCCGGCUGACCAUACGCAUGCAAUUUCGUUCGGUUCGUAGGGAGUACUGCUGUCGGAGCGGCAUGACUCUAACCCUGUGAUGCCGUUCAGUUGGUUGGACACGAAGAGCGAUUUGUUACGCCUCAUGCGCCACAAUCAACGUGCAAUGGUCACAGACCGAGACCGACCAGGCGUGGAAGCCAGGAGGGAAAGAUGCCGACCACCUCGCGCGACGGGGCCGGGGACAUCGGCGACGUCGGAAAACUCUAGCCUCGAACAACAAUUGAUGCCCUGUAGACUAGUUCCGUACGCUGCGCAGUGUGGCCCACGACGAGGCGGUUCAUUGUGCCAUUCAUUCUCAAAGAACAGUACAGUAGGUGGCCCGGUAUAAUGCCGAUGGUUGACAGCCGAUUUCACCGGCAUUAUAGCAGGCAACCGGCAUUGUAUCGGGCCACCUACUGUAGUCGAAAGGAGGAGGUAUGUUGUGGUGAUGCAGUACUGGUGACGUAGCUUGUUCCUUUGGGUCGUCCGCAGAAAACCAAGUGCUUCGGUACCAUGUGAGUCUUGUUCUCAUGUGUUUUACUGCUGUAGAUCGCUUCGAUAAAUGGGGAAUACGACGACGAAUGGCCGAUGACAAGAUCCGGUGUGCCUGGGGCCCCGCGUCAGCACGAGCCCAAGACCAAACUUUAUGAAACCGUGUCAACCAAUCUACAGUAUGUAAGAUCGUGCGACUAUGGUAGAGGCAGACUGCUGUGAGUAUUGUUCAAGAUGGUCAUGAUCAAUCAUGCAUGAUCGUAGCUCUCACGUUGGUGAACCCAGA